GUACGUCAGUGUCCGGCGUUGUUAGGGCGGGUCUUGGGUUGGCUUUAUAUUAAAAGGCUUCGCAUUUACUCACUGGCAGCUGGAGUGUGUUCAUAUUGGCCAGCAGGAGAGUGGUUGAUGGUGAAUGAUGGACAAUCAGUCGUUCUGAGGCGGACAUGAAGGCUUUGCACUUCACUUGGAUCCUAGACGGGCUUUGCUAUUAGAAGCUUACACGCUGAUGUGUAUGCACUGACUGGUUUGUGGUCUUUUCUGAGAUCAAUUUUAUCAAUAUGUGAAAAUCUGUCAAUAUUCUUCAGGAUAUUAGAGCUCUAUAUUAUUUGUACUGGGUGUCAGGUUGCCCUUUAUGAAGAACUUUUCUGUGGUCGAACUCUUCAGUAUCUGCCCACUCCAUUAGUUUUAUCCAUAUCGAUACAUUCUGUCACCUUGUAAUGUGGCUUGCAGUCUGUGGGGCGAUUGGCUAUGUGAACACCGGAGCUGUAUGCACGCAUGAGUGAUGCACAAUCAACAACUUUGAAUUCAAUGAAUCUUCAGCUUACAUGUAUAAGGUACCGUUGUUGUCAUUGAUUCAGACCGAGUGCUGUCCCAGAUUAUUCUCCGAUAAGAACCUGCUGAAGUGCCUGACAUGACCUUUGCAUUUGAAAUAGUAUACAGUUGUUGGAUUGAAACUUCAAACGACCUACAAAAUAUACUUGGAUGGAUAAGGCAUUUGAUUAUAGUCACAUGAUUACAUGUACUUGUACAAAAAAAGAAGAUUAUAAAGAUUAUAAACACAACUGUCAUGUGGCCUAACGCCCAUUCAUUGAUGACGGGUAUGAGGUAGAUAAGCAUACAUUAGACAUACUGCUCAUCGGUGUUAUUCAAUGUAAUAUCUAGUCGGGUGUUUAUUCUAGUGAUGAGUUCAAAAUUCUCAGAGGAUUGUGGAUUAUUCUGUGGAUUUCCUAGUCUUCCAUAUAUGAUGAAAACUGAAACGAAUGGAUGGGUCAGGCACAUGCUAUCAAACAACUGAAGAUUCGCCGACCCAAGAUGGCUACUGUUGGUGAACAAGUCCAUGUCAGCAGUCACACUGAGGACAAGGUGACUAAAGCCAAAGUCACCUUGGAGAAUUACUACACCAACCUCUUGGCGCAGCACCAGGAUAGGGAAAACAGAUAUCGACGCCUGGAACAGUCAAUGGAAGAAGAGGGACUCUCAGAUGAACAAAAAAGUGAGAGAAGACAGCAACAUGCUACAAAAGAGACAGAAUUCUUACGGCUAAAGCGGUCGCGGCUAGGCGUUCAGGACUUUGAACCUUUGAAGGUCAUUGGUAGAGGUGCUUUUGGGGAGGUCCGGUUGGUGCAGAAAAAAGACACAGGACAUAUAUAUGCUAUGAAAAUAUUAAGAAAAUGUGAUAUGUUAGAAAAAGAACAGGUAGCCCAUGUGCGAGCUGAGCGUGACAUCCUUGUUGAAGCGGAUCACAUGUGGGUGGUGAAAAUGUUCUACUCAUUUCAAGAUGCAUCGAGUCUAUAUUUGAUUAUGGAGUUCUUGCCAGGAGGUGAUAUGAUGACGUUAUUAAUGAAGAAAGACACACUGACAGAAGAGUCGACCCAGUUUUACGUGGCAGAAGCGGUACUCGCCAUCGACUCUAUACACCGGCUUGGAUUUAUACACAGAGAUAUCAAACCAGAUAAUUUACUACUAGACGCUAGGGGCCAUAUAAAAUUAUCCGACUUUGGAUUAUGUACUGGUCUGAAGAAAUCCCAUAGGACAGAAUUCUAUAAGGACUUAUCACAGGCUAAGCCCAGUGAUUUCAGUAAGUAUUGUGUGUCUGCAUCGAAACCGAUGGAUUCUAAACGUAAGGCAGAAAGUUGGAAGCGGAACCGACGACAGUUAGCCUACUCGACCGUGGGGACGCCAGAUUACAUUGCCCCUGAAGUGUUCAUGCAGACGGGCUACACAUGUUCAUGUGAUUGGUGGUCACUGGGAGUCAUCAUGUAUGAAAUGCUUAUAGGGUAUCCUCCUUUCUGCUCAGAAAAUCCUCAGGAAACGUACCGCAAGGUGAUGAACUGGAGAGAGACGCUCGUCUUCCCUCCGGAGACACCGAUUUCAAAUGAAGCCAUGGAUCUCAUUCAAAGAUAUUGCUGUGAUGCUGAUCAUCGAAUUGGCCACAAUGUUGUGAAUGAAAUCAAGGAUCACAGUUUCUUCAAGGGGGUUGACUGGGAUCAUAUACGUGACCGUCCUGCUGCCAUUCCUAUCCAGGUGAAAAGUAUCAGUGAUACCUCAAAUUUCGACGAAUUCCCAGAGGUUGACCUCAAGUGGCCCGAGCCAAAAGAAAAGGAUAACGAUCCGAAGUACAAGGACCUUGUGUUUAUCAACUACACAUUCAAGAGUUUUGAGGGUCUAACACAACGAGGGAGAUCUGGGAAGAGCUAACUGCAGGGGUGCCACCAGUAUGACGAGAUUGAACUGUGUAUAAAGAGAUAGACUGUAUCGUAUUUGUUGACUGCUUGUGGCAGAUUUCGACGGCAAUGUGCUGAUUACUGAAAACUAGCGUUAAACACCAUUACGUUUCAAUCACACUGUUUUCACCUCCCUGUCUGCCUGCCUCUUCAGUUGCGAAGGCAUUAGUUAGCAGUGCAGGGGGCAUCCUCAAAUACUUCAACAGGCAUAUUUUGGCGACGAUGGCUGGUGUUGAUCAAAAUGAAAGGUUACAACUUGAGUAGUGUACAACUUGAGUUUUCAGUUGAUCGUGACAUGCCGUUUUCCUUGUUUGACAACUGUGGCUUGCUGCCAUAGGAAAUUGAUGUUUCUCACAUUGGUCAGGAUCAGUACAUUCCUGGCUUGGAAAAAGAAGGAGUGGAAAAUCAAAAGGUUUGAGUUGUGUCUUUCUUAGAGCUGAUCAGAUGUGGAGUCCCCUUCACAGAAGAAACAGGGUUGCACGGGUUUUGUGAGGCUUUUGUAGGAUGGACAGUGGAUAAAACUUUGUUCUAAUUGAUAUCAUUCGCAUAAUCUGUGAAAAUAAAAUCCCCGCAAUGAUUUGGCUGUUUGCAGUAGCUCACCAUGUUUCUGCUUGUUUUUGUUGGUAACUUUCGUUGGUUCCUUGGAUCCACUUUUUUCGCGGGGGGCAUUGCCCACAGUGGAUCUCAAAUGUUGUAUUGCGUGUGCUUUACGUGUAGGCUCAUACCAAUCUGAGAAACUCCAGUUGACCUGGCUUGAAUGAUGAUGACACUGAGAAUCAGUUGAAGCUGAUAUAUCAGAGGAUGUUCGAAACAUGGAAAAUGUUUUACUUUUCUACUUCACGAAAUGUGAAUGUGGAUGUGAAUCGAUACUUCUGAUGUUUGCGAGUUCUGUAAGAAAUCAUGAUUUGGGAUCUCUGGCACUGGUGUGAUUAAAACUGACAAUGCCAUGUUGACAUUAGGUUGUACAUGUACUAUGCCUUGUAUCGUGAAAGUUGCCAUCCCUUCUCUCCAUCUUCAUCCUAAUUUUACCCUCAGAGGUAGAUGUUGAAGGGUGAUCAUUUUCAUUGCCAACUACAGCUGUGUGGUGUAAAAAAGUAAAAUAUUUUCCAUGUAACUGGCCAGUCAACCAAUGUGCUGUCGCAGUGUGAAACCCUUGUAAAAAAACCUACAACCUGCAUGUAACUGACUACAUGUUCCAAAUUAAAUGUGAUAUUUAAAGUUGUAAAAAUGCAAAAAGUGUUUGUGCUAUAAUGGAGUUCACCUCCACCUAUGCUUUAGCAGCAUUUCUUGGUAUUUUAGGAAGUUACGAAAUCUGCAGAGUUUAUGAGCACCAUUUAAAGUUUUGGAGCUAGAUACAAAAUCUGGGCUGGAGAAUUUGACUAGUCAAGUUUACCAAACAACCUGAUGGUGUUAUUUGGCCAGGGGCCACUGGUUCCAUUUGCGAAUACAUUACUCAAGAAUUCUUUGUUUGAAGUACAACAGUCCUACUGACUAUGCCUUCAACAUGUGAAUGAUGGUUCCUUCAAAGUUCUUUAGAAAACAUGCUUUUGUUGGAAACCUUCUGAAAACCUUCCUAAAAUAACAAGAGAUGGUCCUUUCUCACCGUAUGUUAUGGUGUUGGCUAAGCCCAUGUAAUUAAAUUGUAAUUGUUGGUGAUCUACACAAAUAUAUUCAUGUAAAUUUUUAGUAUCUGUAUAUAAAGUAUAUAUAGCACUUGUUUUUUUGUUGAAGGGGUUUGGGGUUGUGGUGUAUAAUCCCUGCCAUAACUGUUUUAAUUUUCUGUGCAUUCCCAUCCCUCGCAAUGAGUCUUAUCGACUUGCAAUGGCUUUGUGCUAAAUUCACCUGUAUUGAAAAUCUAUUUUUGCUUAUAGCCAAUCUCAGUGAACAGAAGAAGACUACCGUAACCAUGCAGACAUGCAUUUCUUAAAAGGGAUAAAGAUUCAAAACCAUCUUUUUUCUUUCCUCUUGAAUUCGUAUUCUAAUGUGUCUGUGUGCUUUAUACUAAUACAGCUGAUGCAUAUAUUGAGAACAUUUAAAAUAGUUGUACAUUUGUGAAAAGUCUGUUGAGGUACAAAAUAUAGUUUUGAGAAGUACUGGACAAAUCCUGCUGAUUUUCUGUACUGGAGUUUGGAGUGUAAAUUUCCAAGAUACUACUAUAGUCUGUGUCGAAUAUUAUGAUUUAACAAAUUUCAAUAGGCAACUGAAGAUGGGUGGAAACUUUGUGUUUAAUAUUGUAAAGUUGUAUAAAAUACAAGGUCGAAGUCACUUAAUACCUGUUGUGAUACACUUUAUAAGUACAUGUAAUCUGAUCUGAAUCCUUUCUUUAAAUAUUUCCUCAAAACCAGAAAUUGAGGAAACAUCAAAUUACUUGAGUACAUGUAUGUUUUUCUGUUCCUUUUAGAAGUAAUUAUUUCACAGUUCUUGCUUGUUGAUGGUUGUUCAGUUGGAGUCCAAUACCGCAUGCCUUAUCGUGUAAUACUGAAAAAGUUGGGUCGAAAUAUUCAAACAACUUCUUUCUUCUGGAGUUGCAGAACUUUCAAAGGAUUCUAGUUGAUAUACAUGUCCUGAGAAUGGUUUAUUACAGAAAAUACUACGAUGUAAAAGUCAUGGAAGGGUAGAGAUGUCAGACUUGGUUCAAGGUUUGAAAAUGGGUCUGGUUGCAGCUUUGACCUUGACGAUGAAGAACUGAAUACAUGUAAGGAGCGCCUUGAUACCCUGAGUGCUCUGAAACUGAACUUGGUCAGUGAAAAAAAGCACCAAAUAGAAGACACCAUUAUAAAGUGUGAAUGACCCGUCCCUCCCUUGUCUUGAUGAAGGAGUACAUCCAGUGGCUGCAUACUUUGGGCACUAGGACAAACGCUUGUUGAAUAGCCCACCACCACCUUAGCCCUGUGAAAUCCCAAUCUUCAGAAGUAAACUUUGAAGUGUUGGGUUUUUGGUCUCGUACAAGUUGAGGACUCCUGUGAUCAAUGUACCAAUUUGUUGUCCUUUCAAUAUAUGAAUAUUUUGUGGCAUUUUCCAGCACUGAAUCGCAGUCUCUUCCCUUUUGCCAAUGAUCGAGUGUGUUUCUGUCGUUGUGUUGCCAAUUUAAACGGACAGGUGCACAUUUCAGAAGGCAUUGUGGUUGAGUUGGAUUGCAUUCUAUUGAUGUUAUACUUGUCCCUAUAUCAUACUGAUACAGAUUAUAAAUGUUUCUUUUUAGCCAGCAUAGCCUGCUUAUACCGAUGUGUUUGUGCAGUUGUUGUUGUUAAGUACAUGUAGGCUGACAUCCGCAGCAAUUGUGACCAUUUCUGCAAACUAGUUCUGCUGCAUGGGUCCAGUAUUUUAAAGGCUAAAAGAUUCCUAGACUCAUCAUCCAAAAAGACAAUGAAGGUCAUGAAUCUUGAAGAUAUGCUGAUGAUAUGGCUCCAAGUUAUAAACAAUUUUGAGCUGCAUGUACUAGCACUGUUUCACUUCAUCACAUGAUUAAACAGAAUCUCAUUUGUAAUUGAAGUAAGGAAGGUUAACUUCAUCAUGUGCAGUGCUUGGGUGGAAGUUCAAAACAGACAGACUGUGUUCUUUACAGGCAAUUCAAAAUAGGGGUAUUAUGGUGAAGGAAAUGUCAACAGGCUCAAAAACAUUUUGACAACUUUAUUACAAUGUUGGAGUUGUGUUGUGUCUGUUCUAUAAAUUCUUAACUGAAGUGGGGAGAAAUGGAAUAUGCAGAAGUUGCUACUCUCGUUCUGUGCCAUAUGUUGUUGGAGCACCAAAAAAGUUAUUCAUGUGAUGCCUGCUGGUCAAUAUAAAGACAAGGCGUGUCUAAAAUCUUAAAUUUGGCAGAAUUACAAUAUUAUAAUGAGUUGAAAUGUAAAAGUAGAGUUUUUGUGAUCAGUUUUGUGAUAUGCUUCUUAUCUUUUCAUGGCUUGUAAAACCACUUACUUUUCUGCGAUUUGUCGUGUUUAUACAGUUAUCCCUAGCUAAAAGAAUUGAUAAAGAUUAGUCUUUGUUAAUUCUUGCUAGCUAUACUUUCAAUAGGCUUCUGUCCCAAGGUUGGCAAUAGCGACAGAUGACUGUAGAAAAGUAACUUGAUGAUAGAAAUCGUCAUCGAGAAUUUAUCGUACAUGUAUAAUCAAAAAUCGGAAAAUUUUGCUGUGAAAUAUUUGUGACAAAAUUCUUGUUGCUGGUACUAUUCACGGUUGUGAUCCAGACUGAUAAUAUAUACACCAGUUUUAUGAGCCACAAAAGAGUCACCAGAAUCCUUUGUAGUGGCUGAUUACUGAUUAUAAUAAUAAUGAUAAUAUUUAGUUCUUAAAUGGCGCUUUUCCAGGUUUCUCUGCUCAAAGUACUUUUGGGAUACCAUUAUUAUUACCUGGUGUCCACAGAAAUCAAUCGGGGGGGGGGGGGGGGGGGGGGGGGGGGGGGUUCGAGGGGCAACCAGAAGGCCAAGCAGUGACACUACAUUACACUUGGAGAAUAACAGUACAGACAGUGACUUGCUCCACAACGACUAUUGUUUGGUCAACCAGAUAGAGCCUCUUUUUGGAAAGAAUCGAAUUUCAGUAUUGUUCUUCCUAAAGAGAAGUCUUUAUUUUCUAGAUAACGAGUUUGUUCUUGGAGGUUUGGAGAUUGUAUUUUUGAGUUGAGGUGUGUUUCUUUUUCUAAUUGUACUAAUCCUUGUGGUGUUUCCAACGUCUCCUUGUGCUCUGGUUACCAUGAUUACAGAAUGUCAAGCCUGUGCUUGGCUCGUGUGGCUUUUGCACUUGAAAUAAAAAAAUCUUUAAAAAUUUGAAAACCUGAACAGCUAUGGAGGUAUGAAUGUAUAAGAGGUAUUGAUGUAAAAAUUCACGCAAUUUUAAAUAAACUGUAUAAAGUGAAACUUA